GGAGCCCAGCGCCCAGCCCGGCCACGCUGCUGCGGCCCUGCAGCCGGGGCGGGGGCAGCUGCAGGAGGCGUCACCCCAUCCCGGGCAGCUCGGCCCCCCACCCGCCAGAGCCCUGCUGCUCACCCCGCCGCGGACACCACCCCCCGUGGCCUUCAGCUGCCCCGGCGGGGAGCGAGCCCUUCACCUCCGCUGGAUUCGUAGCCUCUCGCCCCGGGACCCCGGCCGGCAUGUGCAUGCAAACGCCGACGUGCCCUCUAGCUCCCGAGGGGCGAGGGGGCUGAAAUGGACGUGGGGAGCCAGAGAGGGGGGACGGUGUCUCAGCCCAGCCUGGCCUGCGAUGGAGGCAGCGUCAUCCCCAUGCCCCCGGCUCCUGGAUUGGGGCGCCCAUCGGAGCCCAGGGGAAAGCACCCUCCACAACAGGCCUUCCUCAGGCAGAAGAUCCGGCUGCUGCGGAAGGGGAAGGGGGCGGCAGGCUGGGAGCCUGGCACCGCCCGGAGCCGUCUCUGCCUGGAAGCCAACCACGAGAGCCCCAUCCAGGCUGUGAGGCAUCAGGCGGGCCGGGCCGGGGCCCUGGGCUCCUGGCAGGACUCGGUGCCGGACGCUGCAGUCUCCUCCCGGCUCAGAAAACUGCUCUGCUUCAAGGCAUCAGCCCCAGGGAGGAAGGGGCACAGGCCCCCCGCUACCUUUAGCAGAAGUGCGGAGCCCUUUGGCGAGUCUCCCCUGCGAUGGCGGCAAAGGGCCGACUCCCCGAGCCCAGGCGGGACAGGCUCCAGCCCCUGGCGCUCCUGGGCUGCCAGCCCCUGGCGGGCUCUCCGAGGCCUGAUCGCCGCCAGGGCAAAGAGAGGAGCAGGGCCAGGCGGGGGCCAGAUGCCAGCGCCCGAGGCAGCGAGGGACGGAGGUGGUGAGACACAAGGGGACCCGGGGGAGCCCGUGGUCCCAACGUGCAACGGCCCUGUCCCAGAGGCAGGAGGCUGCAGCGUAGCCUCACUGGGCACGGAGGUGGACACGGGAGGCUGGGGGGUACUGCCUGGAGGGCAAGGGCCAGACCCCCUGCCUGCUCCCAGCCAGGGAGAAGAGGGGCAGAGGGAGUCUGCUGCAGGGAAGCCGGGUUGGGGGAGCCACGAGGGAGUGGGGGAGGGGGCAUCCCGCCCAGCCAGCCAGGGCGUGGGGGGGAGGCCAGCUGGUUGGGUGGGCGGGAACACCCCCGAGCAGCCGCUAGAGCAAGGGGCCAUGACGCUCGCCCCUGGCACGUUGGCCAGUGCAGCGUCCAGCACCGAGCCCCCCGUGACCCCGACUCAUGGGGAGCUUAGUGGACACGGGGCCCAGCCCCCUGCUCCGGCUUGGGGAGAGUCCAGCUCCGGCAGAGAGGGGACCUCUGCCCCACCCCCACCUGGACACCCCAGGUACGACCCCCUGGCACCCUUGGGUGCUGGGAAUAGCGACGCCCUAGGUGGAAGUGAGGUCCCGUGCGCUCUGCAGGCCUAUCCUCUGGAGCCGCCUGCAGCAGGACACGCCAGCCUGGUACCCGCCAGCUCAGCGCAGUGGCACAGGGCACAGGAUCAGCCUGCCCCACCCACCUCCUUGGCACUGGCUCCCACCCAGCUGGGCGCCAUGGACCAGGCAGAGGGAGUGGCAGGAAGUGGCAUGGCCCAUGCCGCUGGUAAGGGUGGCAUGUGCCAGCCAAGCGAGGGGGCUUGUCUGUGCUCCCCUGCUGCCAGCUUGCAGCGAGCCGGCCCGGGGGGCAGCCCCGGGGACGCGGAGGAGCAGGAGAAGCGGCUGCUGUAUGCUGCAGCGGCCGAGAUCGUGGCAGCUGCCAUAGACGCAGCGGGCAGGCAGGUGGCGAGGAAGCAGCGAAUGACCAGCUGGGCAGGCAGUGAAGGGAGCCCGGCGGACACGGCAGGGCUCCAGUGCUCAUGAAGGGUGGUGGCUUGGCCAGGCCAGUGUGCCCCCCCCCACUGUGUCCCCCACCCUCUCUCACCCUUUGGUAUCUGGUUGUUGAGUUUCUGUACUAAUUACUGCUAAUAAAAACACCUUCCUGCUGCAGGAGCUCAGGUGUGUCCUUGCAGCAGGGGCAGCCGUAGGGGCCGACCUCCCAAGCCAGGCCCAGUCAACAUCCUUUGGAGUCGUAACUGGACCUGGGUCAUGGGAUGGAGUCAAUAUUAUUACAGAUGAGGAAACUGAGGCACAGGCUGGGACUGGGACUUGCCCCAGGUCAUGCAGGAAGGCAGUGGCAGAGCAGGGAUCGAGCCCUACUCUCCUGCAUCCCAUCCUGCACUCGGUAACUUCCCAGCUAGGACCAGAACCCAGGACUCCUGCCUCUCUGCCUAAUCCUGCUCUAACUGCUAACACCACUCCCCUUCCAGAGUUGGGGAUAGAACCCAGGAGUCCUGGCUCCCAGCCCUGCUUUGCCUUCCAGAGGUGGGAACAGAACCCAGCACCCAGCUGUGUUUCCUAUUGCUAAGCGCCCCUGUUCUAUUAGCAAUCAGCACAGAAACCCAUGGGGUGGGGGGAGAGAAGUCAUAGCUGGUAAGCAGGAUCACAGGGAGCAAAAUCUUUGUUCCUCCAUGGGGCACCAUCCUUGGCACUGCCCGCCCCCCUUGACAGCUCCGUGCCCCUCUCUUCACCCAUCUUUUAAAUGGAAUCGGUCACAUUCAGAACACGGCCUGACUGACUCAAACGCCACCCAGCUAAUGAACCCGGGCCAUUCCCAGCAAACAAACCCAACGAUCAGCGCGUAGGGAGCUUGACUCACAGCAGAGACGCAGGCUGGGCUGCAGCAGCUAAGCUGAGAGACGGAUUUUGUUAAAAUCCUCCUCUGGCUGCUGCUUUUUGGGGCUCACAGACACCAGCUCGGGGACCUGAGAACCAGCUCUUCCUCCCAGCAUGGAUCCCGCGAUGAGCCGGCGGAACUCCUUGCCACUGAGGCCCAAAGAGGACUGGGCUCGUAUACGGAUAACGAACAGCCAGAGCUAGUGCGAUGAGUGAGAAAUAACCGAGACCGAGAGAGAAACGCUCAUGGGCCAGGGAAUGAACCAGCCUCUAAGCAACACCCUCAGCAGCCGGCUCGAGCUCCUCAACGGGACACAGGCACCCAAUUCUCCUUGCAUCAGUGGGAAUUAGGCACCUCCAUCGCCCUGGGGAUCUAGGCCCAGGCCAGCUCUGUUCCCCCCACCAGUUAGCUGGGCCUCUCCCGGGGCGCUGGGGUAGGGCAGGUUGGGCUGGGCACAGCUCAAGAGGCUAAGAAAGGUGAGGAGUUGAGGCCUGGCUGGGGCCAGCUGCUGCCCCCCACCCGGAUUCUCUCCUUCCACUGCCCCCGGCUCAGCUCCCCUGCUGUAAUCCUUCCCCUUGUCUAGUAACUCCUUGCCCAUCCCCCAGGCUCUGAGCUGGCCCGGCCGCGCCAGGUGCUGUACGAACAGCCCAACGCAGGCCCCGCCCUACAGUGCUGGCCCACAAAGCAAGCAGGGUCUAGGUGGAGCUCUUUGAGGAUAUGGCCUGGGUCUGUAGGGGCCCCUACCUUGGCUGGGGCAAGGCCUGUGUCUACGCAGUAGCUGGCCCCACGGGCCCCGCCCUCGGUCAGCGUCUUUCAGCCAGAUGCGGAGACCCCUGGGCUCCCAGCGGGAAGUGGUGGGGACGAAAUUUCACUGCCGAAAUUAAAAGCACACAAAGACGGUUUCGAA